GGAGUUUUUUGUUGAUUAGUGAAUUAAAUCAUUCAAACUUUUGGACAACCUUAAAAAAUUCAAAUUUUAAAAAUAUUUGCAAAAAUCUCAAAGAAUAGCAAUAAAAAAGUGAAAAAAAAUAUAUAAAAAGAUUCAAAAUUUAAUAAAAGCCGAUCAAAAAAUUCAGGAAGCCGAAAAUAAUUAAAGAUCUUCGAAAAUUUUGCAUCUUCAUCAUAAAAAAAGACUUUCAGCUAUAUAAAAUCCAGGUUAUUGACCAUUCGGAAGUUCACAGACCAAAAAAUUUCGCACCAGUGCCAAAAAAAAAAGUUUUCUUCUUAUUUAAAAAAUUAUCAUACAAAAGGCCAUAGCAAUGUUCAGUAAAUGGAUCGUAUUGUUAUUUGCAACGCUGGUUAUGUCAGAGCUAAGCGGUGAGAUAAGGAAUGAUCAUGAACAUCAUCAUCACGUCAUCGCUCGAAGUGCUGAUCAUGCAAGGCAAACGAGAUCGUUCCUUAAACCAAAACCAUUGGGAUUCUUUGGAAAGGUUGCAUAUCUGGGUGGAUUGUUGUUUCAGCAAUACAAUGACACAUCGAAUGCCUUUAAACAAUUAAGGGACAUCAUACAAGAUCAAUUUUCUGAUACAGCAACGAAAGGACCACCACAAACGACAUCAGAGCCAGGCGAGACAACAACUGAGAGAUAUAGAAUUUCUAGGGCUGAGUUUGGUCAAAUUGUUAACAGAAAUUUGAGAGCUUUACAGAAAUUGGGUAGAAUUGAACUUGCUGAUGCCAGAAAUCAAUCUUUGUAUACGAUCGCUGAUUAUAAGCAACAAUUGAAUAACCAAUUAAAGCCAAAAGGAGGAUAUCUGAACAAAAGAGUUAACUUGACCAUACCGAACAAUCUUUGAGUCAUAUUUUAGACAGAAAAAUUGCGGGAUAUGAAAAUUUUAUGACCUUACAACAAUUUUUCUGUCAUAAAAAUAUGAAUAAGAUAAUAUUAUCUGUGAUAUUAGUCAUAGAAGUUAUUACAAAUAUUUUAAUUUAUUCGAAAGAAAUUUGAAAUUUUGCGCAUUUUAAAAUAUUUAUUUUUUCAACUUUUGACUUUGAUUUUUCAAAACUUUAGGAGCAAUUAGUAAAACUAUAGUUCAUUCACAUUUAAAAAAAUCAAAAGUGAGGAAUUUAUAGCAGUUUAUAGUAUCUGAAAUUUUUGUAGUUUUGCUUUUCAAAAGUAGAUGGCGCUAAAUGUAGA